CCCACCAUUGCAUCCGGGGCACUGAUUAAAUACCGGCUCUCUGUACCCAGCAUUUGAAUGCAGAGCAAUGAUGCUCGUGACUUCCAAGGCAAUUCGGACACUUGUGGUCAUUGUGUGCAUCUUCGUCUUCGUCACACUUUGGAAACUCCCACUUCAUCGUCCCCAUAGCUUCCCACGGCCUUCUUUCCAUGACCAUACCUUGCCUUCCGAAGUCGACUGGUCUCGGUUCGCAUAUACACAAUACGUCACGAACACAGCCUAUCUCUGCAACUCGGUCAUGCUAUUCGAGACCCUACAUCGACUAGGCAGCAAAGCCGAUCGCUUUAUGAUGUAUCCGGCGGAAUUUUCCACCCAAGGUGACUCCGUCGAAGCGAAACUGCUUCGCAAAGCCCGCGACGAGUAUGGCGUGACAUUGGCGCCGAUUAAGGUCCAAAGUCGGAACACUGCUGAUACGACAUGGGCACAGAGCUACACCAAGCUCUUAGCAUUCAACCAAACACAAUAUGACCGCGUUCUGAGUCUGGACUCGGACGCGACAGUUCUCCAGGCCAUGGACGAAUUAUUCCUCCUCCCACCAAGCCCCGUGGCCAUACCCAGAGCAUAUUGGCUCAACUUUGACGAUCGGGUCAUGAGCUCCCAACUUAUGCUUGUUCAGCCGUCCGCUGUUGAGUUCAGCCGCAUCGAGCAGAGUAUUGCUGCAGCUGGCUCGAAGGAGUAUGAUAUGGAGAUUGUGAACGAUUUAUAUCGAGAUAGCGCAUGUAUUCUCCCGCAUCGCCCGUAUAAUCUUGUGACAGGUGAGUUUCGCUCGAAGAAUCAUACGGCGUAUUUGGGUAAUUCGCAAGAACUGUGGGAUCCGGCCGAGGUUUUGAGGGAGACCAAGUUUCUGCAUUUUUCUGACUGGCCUGUUCCUAAGCCGUGGAUACAAGCUCCUGAGACGGUGAUCGCGGAAAAGAAACCAGAGUGUGAGAUGGAUUCCCAGACUGGUCGGUAUGAUGACUGUCGGGCGCGCGAUAUUUGGCUGGGGUUGUAUGAUGAUUUUGCUCAGCGACGUCAGCGUGUUUGUGGCAUGAGUUUGAGCACGAAAGGGUAGAAGCGCGCAUAUUAUUAAC